AUGUUUGCUGGUCGAAUACACUACGUGGGAUGCAUUUUUAUGACAACUCUUCUAGCUUCCGUAAUUAUACCAGUCAUAAUGCAUUGGAUGUGGACUUCUACAGGAUGGUUGAACAAGGCCACGUUUAUUCAAAAUUACGUAUCCUACAAGGAUCAUGGAGGUGGCAUGUUAAUUCAUGUGUGUGGAGGAAUUGUAGCAUUCAUUGGCAGCUUGUUUCUUGGUCGGCGACUUUUUAGAUUGGAAGAUAUUGACGGAGGGUUUCUAACUCCAGAAUCUCCGGCUAGUGCGACUGUGGGAUACAUACUUGUAAUAUAUGGUCUAAUGGCAGUAUGUCUUCCAACUCCUGUUUAUGAAGUAACUCAUGAGCCAAUGAAUUACAUUGGUUUGAUCUUUAUCAACAAUAUACUUGCAGCUGCAGGAGGUAUCAUCACAGUUGUGGUACUUCAGUUCUUUUUUUCUGGAAAUUUAUUAUUACAAUAUUGGACCAUGCUGAGAUACAUGCAAGGAGCAGUUGCUGGAAUUGUGACAAUUGCACCAGGAGUAGAUGUUUAUACUCCAUAUGUAGCAUUAGGAUUAGGUAUUUCUGGAGGAAUUUUGUUUUAUGUUAUAGCCUAUUUCAUGUUCUAUUCUGCAUUAGAAGACUAUGCAAAUAUAAUUGCAGCACAUUUAUCAUGUGGAUUUCUUGGUUCAUUAUUACCCCCUCUAUGUGGAAGCCGGGAGGGAUUUGGUGUACCUCAUAAAAUAAUAAUUCACUUUGGUUGGCAAGUAAUUGGAGGCUUGGUAAUUUCAGUCACAAUGAUAGUACUGACUGUGUUAAUAUUUUUCUUAAUGAAAAUACUGCAUUUUUUACGAACUGAAGAAGAUGACAUAUGUCAUCAACGGGCAAUGGCUACUCUUUCUAGAGGUCCAGGAAGAAAGUGUUUCGAGAGAUUGUGGGAUUUAAAACCUGAGUCUUUUUUUAUGCAGCCAGGAUGUAAAGCACAUAAAAAUAUUAACAAGAAAGGUAUUGAUGCUUCAGAAAACAAAGCAUAA